AUGUCCUUGCUUGAGAACGUCGCCGCGGGCUUCCGCAAAGCAGCGUCCGGGCAGUUCGACCUCCACGACAUGCUGACGUCGAGCCGCAGUGGCAACGAAGCGCCGUCGGGGCCACCUGACUUUAGCGGCUACGUGCGCAAGCAAGGCAGCUUCGUCAAGAACUGGAAGCGCCGCAUCAUGGCGUUGCACGACGACACGCUCUUCUACUACGUCUCGGAGCGCGCAAUGGCCAAGCCGCGCGGUGUCUUCCGCGUCACGAGCGUUGCGUAUGCGCCGGACCUGCUGCAUGGCCUCAUCGCAGAUGGCACGGGCACGCGCCGACUCAAGUUUACGCUCGCCGACAGCGACGAGUGCGACGCGUGGUACGAGACCCUCUCGGAGCGCCUCGGUCGCACGGGGUUGCAGAGCUUGCCCUCGGGCGGUGCGAGUUCGCCUGGCGUGUGGCACAAGGCCAUGUCGGAAGGCUGCGGCGCCGCCGCAUUCCGCCGGCUAACCCUUCAUGCGGCGGCCAAUACGAACCUCCAGCAAGUCGAGUCGGCGGUGGCAAUCGUGAGCCCCGAGCUCGGUGUUGCAGUGAAAGAAGCUGCGCCUGUCUUGCGUCAAGGACAAAAGCUCCUGCGGCAUCACGGGAAGAAGACGACCAAAGGCGCCUCACCACAGCCGCGUCGCAACAACAAGCCCGAGGAAGAGGAGGCGGAAGUCAACCCCGCGAGCGAUCCGGACGAAGCCGUCGCCGCCGACAAUGAUGCGAUGAGCGAAGACGAGAGCAUUAGCAAUCUCCCUUAA